AAUUAGGGUACAGUCCAUUGUUACGGUGAUGUUACCAAUGUUUCGAAGCAUUUUUUGAUUGGUCAAUUUAUAAAAUUCUUCAUUCUGAUUGGUUAAUCAAACACUUCGAAACUUUUGUAGCGCUAAGUGGACUAUAGCCUUAGUCAAAGUAGUGAUGUAUUUGUUGGACAAUGAAAGGAAUUAUGGGUUAUGUUUACUCUUAUCUACUCUUACAAUGUCUUAAUUAUUUAAGAAAAAGAUAAUUAGAUGGUAUUUCGUUUUUGAAUAAUUUUGCCCAAUGAAUUAUAAUUCAAGUGGAGACCAAAUGGCGAAAAAGCCGAAAGUUAUUGUCUUUGAUUUAGACUAUACUUUAUGGCCAUUUUGGGUUGACACUCAUGUAGAUCCACCGUUUAAAAAAAGAGCGCAAAAUAAAAUAGUAGAUGCGCAUGGUCGUACUGUACGCUACUACACUGACGUACCUGAUGUAUUGAAACAGUUAUCAGAGGAAGGAUAUGAGCUUGCUGUAGCAUCACGCACGUCAGAAAUAAAGGGAGCAAAACAAUUGCUAGAUCUUUUUGGCUGGAAGAGAUAUUUCAAAUAUUUUGAAAUAUUUCCUGGUAGCAAAGUUACACAUUUCUCUAACAUUCAAAAGAGUUCUCAAAUUGAUUACAAAGAUAUGCUGUUUUUCGAUGAUGAGACUAGAAAUAUCACGGAAAUUGGUAAACUUGGGGUACAUGCUAUAUUAGUUAGAAAUGGUGUGAGUCAUCAUGUUGUGGAAGAUGCUCUGCGAUCGUUUAGCAAACAAUAAUGACUUAGUUUUUCAGAAAUGCAAUGCAACGAACUUCUGGAUCUUUGACAGAUACAUUAUUUAUAAAUUUCUCGAUUUCAUCUUCAGUUAAUGAAACACAUAAAAGAUUUUUGAAUGUAUUCAUGUCAAAAUCUUUGAAAGGACAACCACCUUCGUACGUUGCUCCACUAAUACCAGCCUGCAGUUUUACAAAAUAGUUUUGAUGAUAAAUUUUUAUACAUAAAAAA